AUAUGUUUGUUGCACGUGGAAGUCGUGCAACAACGCAGCUGUACGUACAGCUGUCUGUCAAACUUUGUUUUGCUUUCGUUGAUCAUCGGGUUUGAUUGAGUUCCGAUUUGUUGUGGUUUUGCUGGACGACAAAACCAGCUGUUUCGGUGUUUGUGAACUUCCGGCGUAAACUGAUUCAGGAUGUCCUCGUUCCGUGGGGAUCAGGUGGCUUUGAGCUUCCACGAGUCGUGUCUACGGUUGUCGGACGUGGAGCUGCUGAAAGGACCGUUCUGGCUGAAUGAUCAGAUAAUUUCCUUUUACUUCGAGUACCUGGAGAAGAUGAUCUUCAGGGACGAGGAGGAUCUGCUGUUUGUUAGUCCGGAGGUGACCCAGUGCAUCCGGAUGGUUUCCGAGGAGGAGGUGGGCAUUUUUCUGGAACCGCUGCGAGCUUCCGAGCGGUCGUUCAUCUUUUUCGCCUUGAACGACAACCAGAUAGCGGAUCAGGCCGGAGGCUCGCACUGGAGUUUGCUGGUGUUCUCCCGACCGGAAAUGGUGUUUUACCACUUUGAUUCGUCGCACAACAGCAAUUCGGACAUCUGUCGGCAGUUUGUGACGGCGUUGAAGCGGGCACUGAAGUGUCCGAAGGCGCAACUACGGACCGGGGAUUGUCUGCAGCAGAGCAACGGAUAUGACUGUGGGGUUCACGUUCUGUGCACCGUGGACAAGGUGACGCAACAGAUUCGGAAGACCGGGAAAAUCGAAGGCGUUAAAAGUGCACGGUACGACGUGAUUCGAGCCAAACGGGAGGAAAUCCUCAACAUCAUCAUAGACCUUGGCGGGAGAAUCAACUAGAAGAAGACUGGUUAGCCACGAAUUUUCUCCACCGGAAGUGCUUUUUUAGUGAUCAGUGUCCAGUUGGUACCAGCUCUGGAGGGAUUUCCAAUACCCGCGGAUUUAGAAUAACAAAUCUGAUGUUAGAUUGUACUGUAGCGAAGAACUUCCUGAUAUGUGUAGCUGCAAUUUAUUUUUUAGAAAUUUAUUAACUAUGCACUCAAAUUCAUGAUUUAUGUUAUGUGAUUUUAGAUUGUAGUAAUUUAUCAAUCCUCGAACAUGCGAACGAAAAUGUAGAUUAUAUUUAAUGCAAUGGCACAAACUUGAAAA